CCGACAGGCAUCCAUAGAGGAACGCACCCCGCAACCCCAAAAGAUGCAUGCACGCACAGUACCCACAUGCAUGUACGCUGUCUGUGGUGCACCGUCAAGACCAUUCACGACGUCCUUUACACAGACAACCGGCCCCUCCAACGCCACCUUCCUACAAUCGCUCGCCCCAGAGGUCGCAUCAAUGCUUCGUAUGUAUCCCAGUCAUAGGAAAACUCAAUCGGACUACUUGCUUGACCUGACCUGCCCUGCCCUGCCCUCUCCGUAUCGUCUGACGUCAUUGACGAGGAGGACAACAAUCAGGUCACUCUGUCUCGUUUCGAGGCCCCAUGCCUUACUCCCCAACACCUCCACUGUCACCUCCAUUCAGGUCUAGGCAUGCUGCCGAGGACGUGGCAAACUGACAUCUACAUGCUUUCCUUGGCGGCGCCCCUAUGGAUGUCUCGUAGUGCAUGCCCAAGAAGCCCCAAUCCACCAAUCUUCUUUCUCGGCUUUGGCGUCUCUUGUCCGAUGUGUUCAUUCUCCUCGGUUGGAUGCUGCGCUGUUCUUGUCCUCUCAGCAUCUUUUCUUCCUUCUGGUGGGGCCCCCGUCCUCGGUAGCGGUUCAACUGCGCUCUCAGUGGUCACCUCGGAGGAGCUGUCCUCACGGUGUCUAGAAAGAACCGGCGCCCUUCUGGUUCGCUCGAACGACCACGGCCCGUCCCGGCCAGGCCCACGAAGCUUUGGCGACGAACUGUAAGCGCCGUCUGCAGACUCGACUGAUGCCAAACGAGGACGGUCUUCGCUGGAGCGAAAGGCCUCGGCGUGCAAGAAGACGGUCUCUGGUGCUGCGUAAGGCUCGUGUUGCGGAGCUCGCUGUGGGCGGACGCUGUCGCUCCGUACCAAUGGGCUCGAUGAGCCAUACGCCUCAUUUCCGUUUCCAGUCGGCCUGUUGUCUCGGCGAAGCCCCACCAUGGGUGAGAAGCCAUUUGGUCGGUCCUCAGCAACAACGUCGCCCUGUCCACGGUGGUCGUGGUCGUGGCCGCGGGUGAGGCUUGGCCGUCGUCUUCGGUCAUCGAUGACGUGCCCGUCACUGGGUGAGCCUCUGGGAGGGUCAUCGUCGCGAUGGUGGCUGCUUCGGCCAGGUUGCUCGCCACGAGAAUGCGAUGGCCGGUCCUCCUCGUUGCUGUGGCGAGCGGCGGUCCGCCCGCCGGCAUUGGGGAGAGACUGACGAGACGCCUUUAUUUGGCCCAGAGCGUGUCCGAGAAGGCCUCCAGUCAGUCCAAUCUUUGCCCUCGGCCGGCUUGGUGUUGACUCGUGCUGUCCUCCUUCACCAGAGGAGCUCGAACCCGCCAUCUCGAAACCUCUGUCUCUGUUGGUGACCAUGGCGUCGGUCGUCGUGUCGGAUCGCCGAUGGAAGGCGCCGGAUGGAGAGGGGUGGGACGCUACAGCAGCCACAUCCUUCAGGCGAGUAGGGGUCGCAACUGCAGCCUGGGGGGAGGGGGAGGGGCGAGGGAGGCUCGACCGAGGGUGGACACCGUACGACAGGGGGGUGCCAUCUGAUUGAUAUAUGGCGCAGGAUAGAUAGAGAUGGCACAAGAAGAAAGAGAGAACAUGACAAGACGUUACGGCACCUUGGCUUCCCGCCCUCCUAUUGCUCUCACUCACUCACCCGGAGACUGGUUGGGGUCCUGAUGUCUUCUCAGGGCCUUUGGCGGCAAAGAGGGUGGAGGUGGGGCAUUGACUAGCUUCCAGCCGGCGUCGGUUCUCCCCCUUCUGGCGUACUGUGAAGGGGGCACAGGCACAGAUGACGGGGGUGGAGGCGGCGGCGACAUGCCGUCCACUCCGGCCGCACUGUCCGAGGGCGUCUGCGGGCGGGCGGAGCUGCCACCGUCCAUGCUCAAGUCCAUCGACGUUUUUCGCCGCUCGGCAUCGGCUUCAUGGGGGUCUCCUCCCCGGUCGACCUUGUAGUGAUGCCUCACAACGAAGCCCUCAGACCGGCGGUGGUCAGGUAUUCCCUUCUUGUGUGAGGCAGGGAGGGCCGAGUCGGGGGAGACCCGUGCUGGAGCGGCUGGAGGGCCUGCAGUGACAGCAGUAGCAGCGGGCGAGUAUGGCUGGGUUGAGGGCGGUUGGAAGGUCGGAGGGAGAUUGUGUGGGUUGGGUGUCUGCAGGUGCGAUUGAUGCUGCUGACUGUGAUGGGGGGCUGGCAGGGGAGUGGACGAGGACCGGUACUGCACCAACGUCUUGUCGUCGCCGCCCGGCACGCCACUGUUGUUGCGCGUCACUUGGUGGGUAGGCGCUAGGAUGGCGCUCUGCAGCACGUCCUCAUCGCCUCGACUACUGUAUGGAGAGCCCUCAGGGAGCGAAUACUGGUCAAAAUGCAACCCGCAAGCAACGAACCGUGGGGGCACUGAACACAUUCCAGGAAGUCUGCGUGUGUGUAGUGUGUGUACCUGAGUGUUUUCUUGAGUGUUUGGAGGUGCGGUGAGGUCUUCACCGGACGCCUGGAGGUCUUUCGAGGUAGGAUGCGGGGCAAACUGAGCUGCAGUUCCUCCACCUCUCGCUUCACUGCUCCCCCAAUCCUGCUGCAACGCCACCGACCUCAAAGCCUCUGCACACAGACAGUCAGGACAGACAGACAGACAGACAGGCAAAGCGAGACAGACACUGAAUGAAUGCAUGGAUGCCUCAACCUGUAUCUGUCUGAGGGUGGCGUAGCGUGUGGCGCGCCCAGCCCACCCGGGCGUGCCCCCCACCCACUCGCCCACCACAGCUUACUGACCUGCGAUGGCCCGUCCUGCGUCCGGGUUGGCCCUGCAGAGAUUGAGAAGCUGGUGGACGGUGGCCAUCUCGAGGUGGUGGCCAGGCGAGGGAGAGGCGGGUGCUUGUGCGGCAGGGACGGCCGCGGUGGUGUGGCCCACCACUUGAAUGGAUUGGACUCCAUGCAGGUUGACGGGAGGCGGGGAGGAUGGGUAGGAGGGAUGGUGGAUGCCGCCGGCAUGGUGGUCCAGGACGGAUGGAGAGGAUGCAGCAUGAGUGUCAGGCAGCGUCCGGAUGCUCCGCUGGCUCUCGGACACGCAAGUUGCCGUCUCAUGAGCACUGUGGUCCGCAUAGGGCUGGUGGGUGUGGCUGAGUGUGUGGAUGUGGGUGGGGGCCAUGUUGAAGGACAGGGGGGCCGUCAUCCCCGCCACUCCUCCUCCGGUGUGGUGGUGGUUGAUGAGCUGCAGCUGCUGCAAGAUCUGCAGCGAGCCACCAAACCCAUGAUGCCCCAGCGUCGCUGGCGUGACAGUGGGUGCGGGAGGGGACGGGGACAUCACUUGGACUGUCGCGGGGCUGUCGAUGGUGGUGUGAGUGACCACUCUGCCGUCUCCCAUCCUAGGUAGUACCACCGCGCCCCCACUCAUUGUGGCGUAGUAUGGCUGCCCGCCAUCACUGUCCUCGGCUCCCUCGUCCACGCCCACAUACGGGUCAGGCGUUGUUUGCGGGGAUGCUGCCGGGUGGGGAUGAUGGACUGUGGUGGUCAUGCCGUCACGAUGGGCAGGGGACGGUGACGCAUGGACAGCCAGGGUGGGGGGGUUAGAGGGGGCCUGCUGCUGCUGCUGCUGCUGUCGCGGGACUGUGACGGUGCCCGUUGUGUGCCGCAGGGAAGUGGCGGCAUGGCCACCGUCCUCGUCAGAGGCACACCCACUGACGUGGUGAAAGGGGUCAUGUGAAGGGGGGUGGCUGUUGGUCAGGGACAUGGUGCCGUUGUCCCUCCACUCGCUCAUGUACUCUGCCGCCGAUGUGGGGACGUCUGUGUGGGGCGUGCUGUCGGCCGACUCGACAAGCGUGCCUGCCUUGGCCUGCUGCAGCUGCGCACUGAGGGAUGGGAUGGCGUCUCUGACGGUGGCCAGGCCCUCGGUGCUGCAGUGCUUGCAGUAGGGCACCAGAGGCUGCAGGUUGCCACGGGACGCCGUCUUGACGAACGGUGCGGUGGCGUGCCAGUAGGGUGCUUGGCUGGCCAGGGCCUCGAAGGCCGCCAGCCGCCCGCCCUCCUGCUUGGACAGGCAGAAGUCAUCCUCGCGGCCCUCACCACCAGGGUAGACCAUGACCUCCAGCCGACACACCCACUGACACGGGCUGAACAACAACGGCACGCCGCGACCGUUGCCCAGGGCCUCGUUGCUCACGCGCACCAGCGAGAAGGCCGGCUUCCCGCCCUCAUCGCCACCCGGCUGAUGAAUCUCGGGGAUCUCACCGAGAUUGGGGGCCUUGGCAAUCGAAUACAGACGACCGUGGACUACAGACCUGUGGUGUGGCCGCACACACAGCAGAGCAGAGAACAGCACAGCAGAGCAGAGCGGGCAGUUUGUCAGUCAGUCAGUCGGCAUCGGGUAUUGAGGCUGACUACACGGGACAUGGCUCAGGUCACUCACCUCACGUCGCGUCUACUGACGAAGUCCUUUGACCACCAGGUCUCCCAGUCGACGCAUACCCUCUCGACACGAACAACCCUCAGAUAACCUGCAGCCAGGCAGUGAGUGCAACAGGAGCCAUUGCCUCCCUCCCGUCUUGGGGUGUCUGUCUGUCUGUCUGCCUGCUGUGUGUGCCGCUUGUGGCUUCAACAGUGCCUGCCUACCUUCGGCGAGUAUGACGCCGAACAUGCCUGGCCAGUCUGCCGGCGGCAUGUCUGCUAUGACGGACGGCAGGGUGUAGAGGUCCAUGCCCUCCUCCUUCAAAACCUCCGUGAUGGCGCUACCGCUGCCCGCCUGACGCCCCUCGUCCAGCAGCCGGUUGACUCGGUGGAUCUCCCACAGGUACACCAACCAGGUGGCCGCCGACACCCGUGCCGCCAGGUCCGCGGGUGGGUCGGCCCCUGGGAUGGCCGCUGGGUCCUCGAUGGUCGUGAGCUCGUCCCACACGCCGCCGUGGUUCUGUGGCGAGAGGAUCCUGGCGGCCACGUCGUCGAGGUCCUUGGUGAGCUGCACGGUGCCGUGACUGCCGCUGGCCACCAAUGUGGAUAUGGUCAUGGUGAGCUGCUCCCGAGAGCCAAACCGACGGAAGCACGAGGUGAACUGUGACGCCAGGCCCUCGUGGUUGGCCGAGGUGUCACAGAAGGUGACGGCCAACAGCAUCCAGCAGAUGGACGGCAGCCCGCCGUCCUUCAUGCCAGGCAGCCGCCGCGCCUUCAUCCACUGCUUGAGCAGCCGCAUCACCUGACGCAGACCCGGCCGGUGCUUCAACACGGACUGGAAAAACGCCGUGUGCCGAAUGGAAUUCUCCGUGUUGACCGACACGUCGCAGAUGACCGACUCGGUCCGCAGCGACAGGAUGGGCACCCUUGCUGACUCGACGAACUGGCACUGGCAUGUCCGCAGCAGCUCCAGGGGGUCGUACGAUGACGCAUGGGAGGGCGGCGUCACGCCGGUGGUCUCAUCCUCACCGUGCUGGGCACUCGCCCCAUCCCCCUCUUGCCGCGAGUUGCUGACCGACAGCGGCGUGGCGUCGGCCUCGGGACGGGUGCGCAUCUGCUGAAGUGCCCUCGAGAUGGUCUGCAGAACCACCUUGCCCUCUCCGUAUCGUCUGACGUCAUUGACAAGGAGGACGACGUCCAGGUCACUGUGUCUCGUUUCGACGCCCCAUGCGGUGCUCCCCGACACCUCCACUGUCACCUCCAGGUCUAGGCAUGCUGCCGUAAAGCGCCGCAAACAGUCCAACAGCUCCUCCUUCUUCUCUCUUUCCUCGGGAGUCGGUGUGAUACACUCCAAAACAUCCUGCCACGCGUAGUCGCACUCCAUGCCGAACGAAACCGCUAGCGAAUCUCUGGGUUUGGCAGGGGUUCAG